AUGACAGCAACAGGUAUAAAUCCGAUUGAAAAAAAUGGCGAUCAACAACGUUUAAAUGAAGGUGGUGCAAAUGAUAAUGACGAUAAACUUGUGCAAGAAUUUAGUCAUCUUUUGGAAAAAUCUAAACAAUUAUUUAAUGGAUUGAGGGAUCUUCCACAAUAUGGUCAUAAACAAUGGCAGCCAUAUUUUGGACGAACAUUUGAUGUAUAUACUAAAUUAUGGAAAUUUCAACAACAACAUCGAGUUCUUCUCGAUAAAAAAUAUAAUCUUAAACGUUGGCAAAUAGGUGAAAUAGCUUCAAAAAUUGGUCAACUUUAUUAUCAUUUUUAUAUUCGAACAUCGGAAAUCAAUUAUCUAAAUGAGGCAUUUUCAUUUUAUUCAGCCAUCCGUACACGUGCUUAUUAUUCAAAAGUCAAUCGAGAAGAAAAACCUGAUUUAAUGGUUAAAAAGUUACGUUAUUAUGCUCGCUUUAUUGUUGUCUGUCUUUUAUUGAAAAAAACAAAAAUUAUGCGUGAAUUAGUAGGUGAAUUGAAUCGUCAAAUAGAUGAAUAUGUUAAAGCUUAUGAUCCUGACGAUAGUCUUGAAUGGCAACUUGUUUUAAAUGAAAUAUCAACAUUUAUCGAUAUUGAUAAUCAAUUAAAUAUUGAUCAAGUACCAAUAGCAUUAUCAUAUCGAUUAACAAAUUCAUUGAUACCACCAUUACCAUUAGGUUCAGAAAAAGUCCUAUCGAAUAUUCAAUUAUAUUCAGUCGAAGAAAUACUCAUCAUUGGAAAUUAUCAAGAUCAAAUCAAAUUCAGUGAACUUACGAUUGAUAUGUAUCGAAUGUUGCAAGCUGUUGAAAAACAGCCGAUUGAAUCUACAUCGUCCUAUGACGAAAAAUCUACUAUGCAAUCUCCAACAUCGACAAAUCAUCAACAACGCGACGUUUAUAAUCUUUACGAUGGUGAUUUUCAAAAUCGGCUAAAUCCUCAUAAAUAUCUCCUAUACAAACCAAAUUUCAGUCAAAUCUAUGCAUUUACUGCUUCUGCCUUUAAAGAAUUACCAAAUAACGGCAUUCUUUUUCUCUAUAUCUCUGCCGAUGGUUAUGAUACACAUUUGAAAAGUAAAGUCGAACAAUCAUAUGAUUUUGGUGGUGUUAAAACAAAUAAUCGUUGCGAUGAUAAAAUUGAAAAUGCCAAUUCUCCGCCAACAUCAGCAACGAAUACACUAGGAAAAAAAUCUUCGUCAUCAAUUUUAACAACAACAACGGCGACACCACCCAUAGGACCUGUUAAAGAUGUUUAUAAUAUAUUUCCAGGAGAUCUCUAUCCAUUUCUACGCAAACCAUUAUUUUUAAUCAUCGACAGUAAUAACAGUAUUGCUUUUCAAAAUAUGCCAAAUUUAUUUGGUCAACCAUUUAUAUCAUUACUUUCGCCUAUUAAAUUACCAACAGUAUUUCAUGAUUAUCAAAAUAAAGGAAGUUUAUUUACGUUAUUUUUAACAUCACCCGUAUUUGCAUUUUGUUUCGUGUGUCAUGUAAAUGAUUUAACAAGUGAACAAUGGAAUUUAUGUCAAGAACAUAUAAAUAAAAUUAUUUGUGAAAUAACAAAAUUGUUUCUCAAAUCAAAACUUGUUGAUAGUACAAUUUACCAUUUUUUUGCGGAUGAAUUUUUACGUUUAUUUCUAUCGCGAUUUGUUUUUUGCUAUGCAGUACUACGUUUACAUCGAGCAUUUAAAGGAUCUGGUUUUUAUCCAUCAUCUCAACCUCAAUUAUCUAAUGAUCUUCUUGAAAAUGUUCAAGUUCAUAAGAUGAUUCUCGAAUUAUCAGCUAUGUUAAGUGUUCGUCAACUAUUUCUCGAAGGACCGUUGAUAACUGCCGAUUUACUUGCGUCGAAUUAG